AUGACAGGGCUCUAUGAACGGUUUGUAGCCAAGUGUAAUACUAUCGAGGUACCACAGGCUGAUAGUGAAUUAAAAGAAGACAUCGAAACCCUUAGUGUGAUUUUAAAAGAAGAUGCAUCUAGACAUAAUUUGAAAUAUAUACGGUACAAUGCCAUAAAGGCCCUAUCAUAUUUUACCAUGGAUCCAGACAUGAAAGUCAGGAAGAUUGCUAUCAGUACUAUGGAAGAAUUAUGUGCGAAGGACUCCAAUCUUCUUCCACAGCUUAUCGAUGAUGUCAGAAAUUCUUUACAAAAAUUGGGUCAUCGAGGUAAAGAUGAACAAAAUGGUCUUAAACCGCAACUAGGGUUAGCAUUGAAAGGUGAUAAAAUUAUGAGUGACUGGAAGUCGCAAGGAGGGUUAAAAGACAUUCCAAUUUUCAAUACGAUUUUGUUAAAUUUGCCACGAAAUCAGAUAUCUGAGAAUCUUUGGUGGAUUAGACCAGGCAUAUUAAGUCUGUUAGAUGAUACAACUGAUUUGAGAGGCAUUAAACUCAAUGGAGUGAAGUUACUGGGAACGCUUGUUGAUAGAUGUUUUAUUGAUGUUUCCGACAAGUGGAUUUCCUUCAAGGAGACAGGCCUGUUCGACCUUACGGAGCCCAUGGUUAGAAAUUUAUGCUACUAUUUACCACCUACCUAUUCAAUGGAAGACAGCAUCAGUGUAUUCGAGGCGGUUAUCCCCACUUUACGUUGUUUAUACAAGGCGCAGUACGAUAUAAAGGAUUGCAAAGAUAUGAUUGGUGCCAAGAUACUGUCUCAAAUUCUAUUGCAACAUGUAAUACCGAGAAUUGGUAUACGGUAUGAAAAGCUGAGUGAAUUGGUAAUAUCUGAUAUAAUGUGCCCCAUGAUAAGAUCACUUGGAGAAACUUGCGUGCCCUAUUUACAGAGAAUAAUUUUCACAGUGGGUGAAUAUCUUGUGAGAGAUCCGUUCAUAACCACGUCAAAGAGUCUCGUAAAUGCGAUAAUAAAUGUACUGGAGAGUGUUAUCGAUGCUGCUGGAUACGAUAAUGAAAGAAUUAUUGCACAUCAGUACGAUUUUCUGGCAAUGAUAAUAAUAUUAUUCGAAAAAUGUGAGAAUGAAGGUAUAGUAAACGAUCUAAUCUUGAAAAAACUGAAAGCUCUUGUAUUCAGAUUAAAUCUAAAUGGUAGUGAUAUUGAAAGCAUGAAACAUGAACGUGUGAGAUUAAAUAAACUAUUUAGUUAG